AUGAGUAAUCGCCGACAAUCAAGAAGAGAUGAUAUUACAAGGUCAGAGUCAAGGGAGACGCAAGCUAGAUCAUCCUCUCCAUCGCUUUUCUUCAAGAGUGGGUCUUCAACGAGCCUUUUAAGAUUGAGACAGGCCAGGUCGCCGUCCAAGGAUCGCAGAUCUCCCUCCGCAUCGAGACCAAAUCUGGACUCGCUUUCGAGCAGUAACGAAUUAAAAGCCUGUGACAAAAGCAAAGAUGGGGAUAAACCCAAGGAAAAUAUAAUGAUCGACGUUUUGCCCUCUUUCGAGAUGUACAACGCUUUGCACAGACACAUUCCACAGGGAAAUAUUAAUCCCGAUCUGCAUGAUUACCCGCCGACUUACCAAGAGAUACAAGAUCAAGCUGCUUCUUUGCCGCUAGAUGGUCGUAAUGGAUCGACUACGGAACAGUUGGCUGAAGGUGGUUCUACGUCGAUCCACCGCUCGGGUUCGGCAGACGCAUUUAUGAAUACUCAUCAAAGAGUAUCUUUUCCGGGCUUAGAGACCUUUAGUACCGUACAGGAACCGAUCCAGGAUGAUGUACACGACUCAGACAAUAUCAAUAUUGACAAACUUUACACUUUACCCAAGUUGACCACUCCGAUUGACAUAUCGAUACGAAUCACGAAGCAUGCUGUCGAUCCGAACCAAAAACCUGAAGAAGAAUCAAUCUUGAGAGAAUACACUUCGGGAGACAUUAUCAACGGUUACAUCAUUAUCACAAAUAGAUCAUCAAGACCUUUGAAGUUUGAAAUGUUUUAUGUGACAUUGGAAGGAUACGCCUCCGUGGUCGACAGGGAUUGCGGAAAAAGAACUGUCAAGAGGUUUCUGAGAAUGGUCGAUUUGAGUGCAAGUUGGUCUUAUUCCACUAUAGAAGUCGCUAACGGUGUGGAUUAUAAAUGUGGACAAUUAGACUACGAAAACUGUGUCAUUGGUUUGAACAACAAUAGAAUACUUGAGCCUGACGUCAAAUACAAGAAAUAUUUCCUUUUCAAGCUGCCUAGUCAAUUACUGGAUAUAUCCUGUAAGCAUGAGCAGUUUACUCAUUGUCUGGUUCCACCGAGUUAUGGCAUUGAUAGGACCAGAUUUGGGGGCAAAUAUUCCGGAAUAAAAGUGAAUUCAAUGCUGGGUUAUGGACAUUUUGGAACCAAAGGUUCCCCGAUCUUGACAAACGAUCUAUCUGGAGAAGAGAUUUCCAUCAAUUACACUUUAGAUGCCAAGAUUGUUGGCAAAGAUCCAAAAACCCGGUCACUCCAUAUCAUGAGGGAAGCAGAAUACAACCUGAGGUUCAUCCCAUUUGGAUUUUGUCGACCACUUUCGGGAGAGUCCAAGGCCUCUAAGCAGGUCAAAGAUUUUACAAACCUGAUCCAGGAUCGCAUCAAUGCACUUGAGAAGGUAUUCGGGCGUUUAGAAAGAAACGAAAACAUCACAAGCUCAGAUAUUCACAAUUCUGACUUGAGGGGUUCCAUUGAUGACGAAACGGAGGUCGACGCUGCGGAUAUCUUAAGAUUGAAAUUGAAUCAGCUUUAUGUGAGUAAUCGAGAAGAUUCAGCUCACUCUUCUUUUCCGAUUCGAAAUGGUAAAAUGGGGGAUAGAAAACAAGCAAGUAUCGAGACUCAAUUCAACUAUAACUUCAGGACGAAGAGUAAGUCCUCUUCUAAACUGAAGAAGGGUAUUUUCAGCGGUCUUGGAGCCUCCCAACCAGCGUCUAAUGUCGGAGUUUCUCAAACGAAAUCAGGAGUUAUCGUUUUGUCAACGGAAAUUCCGAAAGCGGGACUACCUUAUAUCAAGCCCUCGUUGCUGAAAAAGUCCAACACAUUAGAUGCUAGAAGCCAGCACAAUCAGGAAAAUUGGCUUAGUUUGCGGGACUCUCUGUCUCCUGAUGAUCUUCAAUUGUUGACGGAACUAAGAAUACAGCUGAAAUGUCUUCAAGCUAAUAAUUUAGAGCCACACGAUCCGCCCGAAGUGGUAGGAGUGACGACAGAGCUUUUAUGUCUCACCGCUCGUUCUAUCAAUUCGAUCCCCAUCAAGCUGAGUCCCGAUAUUUUACUGGUGCCUGAGAAGCUCAAUGAGGUUAAAUCCAUAUUCAGAAAGUUUAAAACUGAAAUUAUAGCAUUGCAAGCAAAGUUUUACGAAAAUAGCACGAGAUUGAACGAGUUAUUUAAUGCAUCGAGAGUCUUUCCAACGCAGCAUGAACUAAAGUUCUCCGACUUCAUCUCGCAACAAAUGCUGACCGACAUAGAAAGCUUGUCAUUCCUCAAUUCUAAUGUGCAGGUAUUGCACAAUGUUUUCAAGAAGCAAUCGCAGGCCCUCGCUGCGGAAGAGGACAGCAUUCAAACCGCUUCAUCUAAAAACGGUAGUGGCGGUGGCAUAUUGACGUCAACCCUCAGCGGAUCCUCUUCUUCACUCAGCUCACAUACGUCGAGUUCUGAGCGAGUGAAAAGGCAGCUCUUACAUGAGUGGAUCAAGGGUGAGAACGGUGGGUUCCAACGUUCAAUCACGGUAAAGCUCGCUUUAGUUGAAGACAUGCACGAGACGCUCAUACCAUCUUUCGAGAGCUGUUUGAUAUCAAGGAUGUACUGCAUUCGGGUAAACAUUAAGUUUGAGGGGCAGGUCGGAACUGCGCAUUUAGACGUUCCGGUGCGUAUCAGAAAUCUGGAAGCUUGA